AUGGGCGCAUACCUCUGUAUCGCCGCCAACGGUGUUCCACCUUCAGUUAGCAAGAGGAUAAUGCUUCAUGUACACUUUCAUCCACUGGUGCAAGUGCCGAAUCAACUAGUCGGAGCGCCCACCGGCACAGAUGUUACACUUCAGUGUCACGUCGAAGCAUCGCCCAAAGCCAUCAAUUACUGGACCAGAGAAAACGGUGAAAUGAUAAUAUCAAAUGAUAAAUACCAGAUGAGCGAGAUCAAUAGCUCAGCGUACAGCGUUCAGAUGCGUCUCAUCGUGCGUAACAUACAAAAGAACGACCUGGGGGGAUACAAGUGCAUCUCAAAAAACUCUAUAGGUGACGCCGAAGGAAAUAUAAGGUUAUAUGAAAUGGAACUACCACAUAGAAAAUCACGUGAUGAAGACGAACGUUCGAAUUCCGUGGAGGAGACGAAUGACGUCCGCUCGAGUCAUCAGGGUCCACUGCGGGAGGGCGGCCCGAGGGAAGACGCCAGCUUCCUCGGUGGUGGUGGCCCUCAAUCUGGCACAUCACCUCUCGUUACACCCUCCGCAAUCGUUUUUAUAACCACUAUACUAUACACCGCGUAUUGA